CGAGGGCCCGGCCGGAGGAGCGGCCCCCGGGCCAUGGAAGCGGAGGGCGCGCGCAGCUAUUCCCUUGAGCAAGCUCAGGAUUUUUAUUCAUUUCCAUUUCAACAAAUGAUGGCGGAAGCUCCUAACAUGGCCGUCACGAAUGAACAGCAAGUGCCAGCAGAAGGUCCUACCCCAGCUCCCGCCCAGGAACCAGCACCAGAGGCUCCAAAACGAAGGAAAAGAAAAGCCAGAACAACAGAACCUCAGGCCCCAGUGGAACCCAAAAAACCGGCUGCAUCAAAAAAAUCUGGCAAGUCUACAAAGUCAAAAGAAAAGCAAGAAAAUCAAGAAAAAAUUACAGACACAUUUAAAGUGAAAAGAAAAGUAGAUCGUUUCAAUGGCGUUUCCGAAGCUGAACUCUUGACCAAGACUCUUCCUGAUAUUUUGACCUUCAAUCUAGAUAUCGUGAUUAUUGGCAUUAACCCAGGACUAAUGGCUGCUUACAAAGGACAUCAUUAUCCUGGACCUGGAAACCAUUUUUGGAAGUGUCUGUUCAUGUCUGGACUGAGUGAGGUGCAGCUGAAUCAUAUGGAUGACCACACCUUACCUGGAAAGUAUGGGAUUGGAUUUACCAACAUGGUGGAAAGGACGACACCAGGCAACAAAGAUCUUUCCAGUAAAGAAUUUCGUGAAGGAGGGCGUAUUCUAGUACAGAAAUUACAGAAAUAUCAACCACGAAUAGCAGUGUUUAAUGGAAAAUGUACUUAUGAAAUUUUUAGUAAAGAAGUUUUUGGAGUAAAAGUUAAGAACUUGGAAUUUGGGCUUCAACCCCAUAAGAUCCCAGACACAGAAACUCUCUGCUAUGUCAUGCCAUCGUCCAGUGCAAGAUGUGCUCAGUUUCCCCGAGCCCAGGACAAAGUCCAUUACUACAUUAAGCUGAAGGACUUGAGGGACCAGUUGAAAGGCAUUGAACGGAACACAGACGUUCAGGAAAUACAAUACACAUUCGACCUGCAGCUUGCCCAAGAGGAUGCCAAGAAGGUGGCUGUCAAGGAAGAGAAGUAUGAUCCAGGCUACGAGGCAGCAUAUGGCGGUGCCUACGGCCAGACCCUGUGCAACAGUGUGCCCGGUGGCCUACCUUCAAACGGGCUGUCUGACAGUGCGGAGUUGAGAGGAGAAUCAGCUUUGAGUGACAUUCCGAAUGGGCAGUGGAUGACCCAGUCGUUUACAGACCAGAUUCCUACCUUUAAUAAUGGUGGCACUCCGGAGCAGGAAGAAGGCAGCCGUGCCUAAGGAUGGUGCUUCUCGGCUCUGCCUCAGUGCUGCAGUUUAAUGCAGUUACCAAGACAUAGACCUCAGUUCACUAACUGAAGUAUUAUUAGUGCUUUACUCUAGCAGUGUAAUACAGUACAGAACAGUUGUGUGGUAGAAUCAACUGUAUGAACCCAAGUAGUUUGGGAUGAAAAAGUAGAGGUUUUAUAUGUGAGUUUUUGUAUUUGAAUAACUAUCAUUCCAGAUUUUUAUAUACUAUAUUUCAUUUAUGAAGAAAUCAGUUUUCUUUGGGGAGUUGCUUUGAUCAGUAAUUUUAAAAUGUAACAGUCUGAACAUUUACAGUUGAUUCUUCACUGUGCAUAACAACCCUAGAUAUGCCAUUAUCCCUUUCACUGCCUAAGAAGGGCAUGCUGAUCAUAAUUAUCAUUGGCAAAGAGGCACAUGUGCUGAUGUCCUAUAUGAA